AUGGCACCCUCCGUCGACCUCGCCGAGGUGACCACCGAGCAGCUCAUCCAUGAGGUGCAGCGUCGGAUAGAGUGCCUGAACAAGCCCGAGAAGCGCCUCAUCCUCAUAGGGCCUCCCGGCUGCGGCAAGGGCACCCAGUCCCCCGCCAUCAAGAACGAGAACUGCCUGUGCCACCUGGCCACCGGUGACAUGCUGCGCGCCGCCGUUGCCGCCAAGACCCCCCUGGGCCUGGAAGCGAAGAAGGCCAUGGAGUCUGGGGCCCUGGUCAGCGACGACAUCGUGGUCGGCCUGAUCGAGGAGAACAUCAAGUCCCCGGAGUGCCGCGUCGGCUUCGUGCUUGAUGGCUUCCCCCGCACGGUUACUCAGGCCGAGAAGCUGGACUCCAUGCUCUCCAGCAAGGGCGCCGCGAUUGACCGCGUGCUCAACUUCAACGUGCCCGACAGCCUCCUGGUGGAGCGCGUGACCGGGCGGCUGGUGCACCCCGCCUCCGGCCGCUCCUACCACACCAAGUUUGCGCCCCCGCGCAAGGAGGGCGUGGACGACGUGACCGGCGAGCCCCUGAUCCGACGAAAGGACGACAACGCGGAGACGCUCAAGGCGCGGCUGGAGGCCUUCCGCAAGCAGACCGCGCCCGUGAUCGAGCACUACCGCAGCCGGGUGGUGAACAUCAAGGGCGACCAGUCGGCCGAUGCGGUGGCAGCGGAGGUCCGGGCCGCGCUCAACGCCUCCACAUGA